CCGAGUGAAAGCCGAAGUGCGCAGAGAGAAAAAUUUCACCCAAACAACCGCCCGAAUCCUGCCGGCGGUGACGUCACAGACGGACAGCCCAUCCAUCCAGCCAGUGGGAGAAGCGAUUCAGCGGGGCAGGGCUCGGGGACGAGAGCUUCAGGAUCAAAGCGCAGUGUUGUGUGACUCUUAACAACCCUCUUACAAGAGAAUGAGAGCGUGGUAUUGUUUAAAUUAUGCAUGGCGGGCUACUGGGUUGGAAUCAUCCUGCUGGCACUUGUAAUCGAUCCUGUGUCUGGUCUUGAAGUUUAUGCUAAAUCAGAAAUGAUCGCUGAAAAUGGGACAGAUGUCAGAUUGUCAUGUACAUUCAAACCUAAUCAAAUUGUCCGCAGCACUCUGACGGUUUAUUGGAGUUUCAGACCAGAAACUGGUAGGAAAGAUGGGCAUAUUUUUUAUUAUACAGAGGGAAACUCUUAUGCUAUUCCUGGCUCUCAGUUUCAUGACCGUAUUACUUGGGAUGGUAACGUCAACAAGAACGAUGUUUCCAUUAUUAUAAACAAUAUUACUUUUAAAGAUAAUGGAACUUAUACCUGUAACGUGUUCAAUCCACCUGACUUCAGUAAGACAGGUGCAGAAAUUCACUUAAGUGUUGUUGAACAAGGUUCUUUACCCAAUUUUGGGGGAAUCAUUCCAGCUGUGGUCAUCGGAGCAAUUGCAGGUUUACUGCUAAUUGUUGGCAUUGUGUACUUUGUCAAGAGAAAGAUAGAGGAUCAACGAAAUGCUUAUAUUGGGUUACAUUCUCAUCAACUUUGUAUCAUCAAACUUGGAUACGUUACUCUUGGCAUCGAUAUCUGUUCUAAGUUAUUAAAUAGAUUUAAAAUAGCUGAGGCUGCAGCACCAAGCCAAUCUCAGUUACAGCCUGCCAAUAUGAAAAUUCCCCAUUUAUUCCUAUUCUCUACUUCUGUCUAUAACUAGUCCUUCAUCCAUGCCAAUAUAUUACACCAAUUCCAAGAACUUUUUUAAUGGCACUGUAUCAAAUGCCUUUUGGAAAUAGGUGGCAAGUAACAUUUGUGCCGGGCGAAGACAAUCUCCAACAAGAGAACCUAACCAUCUCCUCUCGACAUUCAACAACAUUUCCACCACUGAACCCUCCACAAAAAAACAUUCUGGGGAUCACUAUUGACUUGGAACUAAGUCACAUAAGCACUGUGGCUAUAAAAGCAGGUCAGAGGCUGGGAAUUCUGUGCCAAAUAGCUCUUCCCCCGAUGCUCCAUGGCUGUUCACCAUCUACAAAGCACAAGUCAGGGGCAUGAUGGAAUAUUGCCCACUUGCCUGAAUCUGUUGCACUCCAACAAAACUCGAAGCUCGAUGCCAUCCAAGAAAUAGCAACCUGCUUGAUUGGCACCUGCUCCAUCACCUUAAACAUUUACUCUCUCCAGCAUAGGUCCACCUUGGCUACAGUGUGUAUCAUCUACAAGAUGUACCACAAAAACAUGUUAAAGCUACUUCGACAGCACCUUCUCAAUCCGUGACUUCUACUAUCUAGAAGAACAAAGGGGGCAGGUGCAUGGGAACACCACCUGCAGGCAUGCAUCCUGCUUUGGAAAUCUAUUGCUGUUCAUCCAUUGACGAUGGAUCAAAAUCCUGGAACUUCUUCCCGAAUAGUGGGUGUAUCUACGCCUCAGGAAGGCAGCUCACCACUACCUUCUCAAGCUUGGGUUUAGGCAAUAAAUGCUGGCCUUGCUGGUGAUGCCAACAUCUCAUGACUGAACUAAAAAAAAGUGCUGGCUAACAUAAACUGAGACAUUGGCAAGUGCCAAUUUUCCAUCCUCAGAAACCUAUCUGCUGACUUCUAUCCUUAGAAUAUG